AUGUUUAGAACAACCAGGUUUCUGAACGGAAUAAUUCUACAGAAAGAUGAGAUGAUAAUUCGACUUCAGAAUCUUGUCAAAGAGUUCUUGGACCAUGAGACUACAGCAGUUAUGGGCUGUGUAGCAAAGGAGAAACUAAUAAAAGCACAAUAUGAAGCACUCGCUAAUUUGAAAUCCCUUUCAUUCUGCCAGGAUAGAUAUGGACAGGCCCGUGAUACGGCACUAAAAAUUCUGCAGAAUACAGUUUAUGAAAUGGUGGACAAAAUUUCAACUUGCAAAGACCGAGCUGUCCACGGACUGCGAGAUGAACUCUCUGCAAUGGCAAUGGCGCACCGACCUCUCGAGGAUAUGGUGGCCAAGCUGCAGAGGAGUCUCCAGGCUACCGUCAGCCUCACCAGAGAGAAUAAACAACAGGAACUCUUCGAUGGUCUUAAUCAGUUAGUAUCCCAGCAGAAAACUGCUCUGGAACUCUGUCAUUCAGAAAUUAAUUCUCAGAAGCUUACAAAAGAAAUAUUAUCUGAUCUUGAAUCACAGAGGACCCAGACUAGGAGUAUGAUAGAUGAUCAGAGUCUAGCCUCAGGCACUGAAAAACCUGAGAUCAUAGCUGAGCUCCCCAGCUCUUCCCGCACCCAGGAGGAGCCCAUCAACUUCCCGGACUCUGCCAGGGUUCAGCAGGAGAAAACCCUCUCCUGGCCCCCACACACCAGGGUUCAUGAGUACAAUGAACAUGUCGAGUUCCCGCAGACUUUCAGAGUUCAAGGAGAAACUUUAAAUCAAGGAUCAACAAUGAUCCCACUUUUGCAGAACCCAAACCAAACCUUGAUCAAUUCGUUCGUAACUGAAGUGAAUCCAAUCCCCAGUCAAACAAAUCCGAUCCUUACUACAAUGAGCACAAUCCCUGCACCUAGUUACCAAACUCCAAUGAACAUAAUCCUUACAGCGAACAACCCAUCUUCAUUAACGAUGAACCCAAUCCCUACACCAAUUAAUCCAACUCCUAAUCCAAUGACACCAAUUAAUACAAUCCCUGCUCCCAUGAACCCAAUCCCCGCACAAAUGAGCAUGAUCCCUACUCUGAUGAACCCAAUCCCUACUCCUAUCAACCCAAUUUUCGCACAAAUGAGCACGAUUUCUACUCGUAUGAACCCUAUUCUAUCUCAACCGAGCCCGAUCCAAACUCAAGAAAACCUGGGCCCUCCUUCAAUAAACACAAUACCUACUCCGGUUAAUCAAGUUGUUACUCAAAUAAACACAAUCUCUUCUCCCACUUAUUUGAAUUCAGUCCCUUCUGUAAAAGUUACUGCGUAUCCAGAUAUUACAGUCCCUCCAGCAAGACUCAGACUCAACCCGGAGCCCCUGGAGCCAGUGCAAGAGCAAACCCAACCCAACCCUGCAGAUUUAUCACCAUCUACUGAAGAACCAGGAGGAGCUUUGUUACCAGAGAAACUGCCCCAUUCUGAAGCGCUAAGUAACCCAGGAAAUGAUUUAUCAGAUCCUGUGCUAUCAGUACCUGUUCCUAAUCUAGGAUAUGCCGCGGGUAAUUUUAUAAGUUCUGUCCCAAUCUCACUACCAAAGGAAAAACACUUGGAGUCUACAUAUUCUAAAGAUUCUGCUUCUUCAGCAAAUGAGGCCCUGUUGCAAAAUCUCCAAGCUUUCGAAACCUUGUCUCAAAAUAUCACAGACAGUGCAAUAUUAUUGCACAAUUUAACAGAAACUGCGCCAAAAUUGUUCCAAAAUUUAACAAUAAUAGAAAAAUUACUGGAGAGUUCCAACGAUAAUUAUUCAGAACCAGUAGAUGCUGAAGAGGAAGAGGACUUAACUGUUACCAGCAAUCCCCAAAUAUUUAAUCCAAUAACUCCAUCAAAUAAUACAACACCUUCUUUAGAAGCUUUAGCCAACACAUUUAAGGUGGAAUCUAGUGAUGAAAAUGGAAUAAAGAUCAAUAACUCCGAAGGCAGCCCUAAUAUCAUUAAUCCGAGCAGUCUAUUGAUGAAAGACUCUGUACUAGCUAGACCUGAUGUCGUUAAUACCACCAGUUUACAGAUCAAUAACUCCCCAACUAGCACUGAUGUUAUUGAUCCGAGCAGUCUACUGAUCAAUAACUCUGCAGGUAGCCAUGAUAUCAUUGAUCCAAGCAGGCUACUGAUCAAUAACUCUACAACUAGCCCGGAUAUCAGUGAUCCGAGUGGUGUUCUGAUCAAUAACUCUGCAGGUAGCCAUGAUAUCAUUGAUCCGAGCAGUCUACUGAUCAAUAAAUCUGCAGCUAGCCCUGGUAUUAUUGAUCCGAGCAGUCUACUGAUCAAUAACUCUGCAGGUAGCCAUGAUAUUGAUCCGACCAGUCUACUGAUCAAUAACUCUGCAGGUACCCCUGGUAUCAUUGAUCCGAGCAGUCUACUGAUCAAUAAGUCGGUAGGUAGCCCUGAUAUUAUUGAUCCAAGCAGGCUAAUGAACGAUAACACUGGUAUCAUUGAUCCGAGCAGUCUACUGAUCAAUAAAUCUGCAGCAAGCCCUGAUAUCAUUGAUCCGAGCAGUCUACUGAUCAAUAAGUCUGUAGGCAGCCUUGAUGUUAUUGAUCCAAGCAGGCUACUGAUCAAUAAAUCUGUAGCAAGCCCUGAUAUCAUUGAUCCGAGCAGUCUACUGAUCAAUAAGUCUGUAGGCAGCCUUGAUGUUAUUGAUCCAAGCAGGCUACUUAUCAAUAACUCCGAAACUAGCCUGGAUAUCAGUAAUCCAACUAGCCCGGAUAUUAGUGAUCCGAGUAGCCCGGAUAACAUUGAUCAGGGCAGUCUACUGAUCAAUAAAUCUGUAGGUAGUCCUGAUAUUAUUGAUCCAAGCAGUCUGAUGAUCAAUAAAUCUACAACUACCCCGGAAAACCAAACUGUGGUGGGAAACCAAGCAUCAGCAAAUGUUACACAAACGAUCUUGUAACACCGAAGUUACAGAGAACGGGCUUGCUUUGGGUUCUACAAAUGCUACAGAUAAAGAGGAACUCCUAGGAGAAUCACCUAGCAAUGGAACUUUGUUCUAACUCUGAUCAGCUCUAAUAUGAUUAAAUCUUUCAAGUCUUAACGAGAUAAACCUUGUACAUUUCAAAAACGACACGAGUCACAUUUACAGAUUUAUAAAGAUUAAGUAGUUGAUUAAAAAGUUUCAAAAUUAUCAUACAAUAAAUUUUAAUCUGAUUGUA